AUGGCUUCUCCGCGUACACGUCGUAAGUUAAAUUCUAUACGUACGCAAGACGAAAAUCAUAAAUGCUUUGAAUGUGGGACCCUCAACCCUCAGUGGGUAUCUGUUACAUAUGGAAUAUGGAUUUGCUUAGAGUGUUCAGGAGUUCAUCGAAGUCUCGGUGUGCACAUCUCAUUUGUGCGCUCAGUAACUAUGGAUAAAUGGAAAGAUAUCGAACUUGAGAAAAUGAUGGUUGGAGGAAAUGCAAAUGCUCGUUUAUUUUUGGAGAGCCAACCAGAUUACAAAGCAGAUAUGACUAUACCACAAAAAUAUAAUACGAAGGCAGCAGCUAUGUAUCGACAAAAGAUAACAGCUCUAGCCGAAGGCCGCCCUUGGAGUCCUUCAGAUUAUAAACCAGAAACUAUAGAGAGGUCGCCAGAUUUGAAUCAGUCAAGAGAUUUUUAUUCAUCAGGAGACAAUGCUCUUCAUAGCAGUGGUUCAGAGAACAAUAUUAGUUACCACAGUGAGUAUGGUAGCGGACGAUACACCGGCUUUGGAAAUUCACAGAAACAAUCUCAAUCAACUCCUAUGUCACCAAUACAUAGUGGAAAUGAGAUGGUUGACAACACGCUAGCGUCUUUAGCUUCGGGUUGGUCUAUCUUCACUUCGUCAGUAAGCAAGGCGGCGCGCACUGCGACAGAAAAUGCGGUUAAAUAUGGCGGUAUCGCUUCACAAAAAGUUUCAGAAAUGGCUUCAACUGUUACAGAGAAGGUAAACAAUCGUGGAGGGUGGAGUUCCUUGAGCGGCACUAGUGAGGUGCGUCGCUCCAGUAAUUCGAACACUCAAUACCAAUCCCAGGGCUAUGGCGCCAUGAAGAACUCUACUUCUGAACCGUAUUCCAACUGGAACGAGCAAACCCAACCUUGGAAGGAUUCUGUUGCAGCCCGCAACAACUUAGAUUCUCGCGAUCUGUCUCAAGUGGGAGUGUCCAGCCCACCUCCUGAUGUAAAAAACAUUACUAUCAAGAAAAAGCAAGACGAUGAGUCAUGGGAUUGGUUAAACAAUUAG